GGGUACAUACAUGACUCAGGAUUGGGGGAGGCUGCCACAGGGGCCGGUUGGAUUUCGUCACUCCCCUGUGUCGCCUCCAUUGGUGACUCCACCUCCGCCCCAGCCACUACCCCCAUCAUUUCCGUUUUUUUGUUCAGUUGUGCUCUACGGGUCUCCUCGAUAGCCCAAGUGCCUAUUUUCAAUUCAGCUUCUGCUUUCUCUCUCUGUUUAGUCCCUUCCUUCUUGAAUACAUGCAACUUGUUCUGCUCUACCUCCUUGUCUUUAGCUUCCUGUAAUGCUUCUCUCAACUCGCCUUCCAUUGUGCUAAGCUGGAUCCUAUUUGGAGUUCCCCCUACUAGGUAACCUGCCUGUGUCCACUUCAACUUCAACCCUUCCCAAACCUUCUUUAUUGACUUCCACUGUUCCUUUCCUCCUGACCUAUCUUGCAUACGUUGAUCUAGAAUUUUGGAGGUUGCGGAGUCGCCAUUUUAGUUUAAAAUAGUUUGUGGUUUCGGUAUGGUAUCUGGAUAUGGAUACUUUGAUGCAAUAUGAUUUUAAUUUGUGAGUUUUACCAAAGAAGCAACUGCUGAUAUCAGAUUCAAAUAGGCCUAUUCUGAUUUUGGAAGGCUAACCAUGUGAGACUAGGCAUCACUCAUAUGCAUGAUAUACAUCUACAUAAACAAAUCAUAGCAGUGCAGGAACAUAGUAUUAAGUAAACCAGAGAUAUUAGCUUCAGAAUUAGAUAAAUACAAUAGUAAUUAACUAGAGAUUUCUUUGUAAUCAUAGUUAUGGAUAGGAAUGGGACAUUGUUUCAAUUUCACUAGACAAAUGUGAUGGAUUCGUGGUCCUACAAUAUCAUCCUGUUUUCCUCAGGGACAUGCCCUCCUCUUUCCAGGGUAAAUGUGGUCAAAUCCUCUACUCAUUAGAGGCUAAGUUGACCAGGUCAAUGAGGUUUGACACCAAAGCCAAGACUGAUUUCCCCUUUGUCUCAAAGGCAAACCAGUCGAUGAUCCCAUAUCUAAUGAAACCUCAGCAUGGGACCAAGGAUAAGGAUGUUAUGUUCUUUGCAUCUGGAAAAAUCUCUGUGAGCAUUCACACUGAGAGGCAGGGAUACCAGCAAGGAGAUGCUCUGAAAGUCAGGGCAAUUAUUGUCAACAACUCAACUCGCCCAGUGACCCCAAAAUACUACCUGUACGAAAAGCAGUGUUUCUACGCCCAGAAGAAGAGGAAAGUCCACACCCACAACAUCUUGAAAGAGAAGGGCGAUCGGGUCCCUGCUGAAACUCGGCAGACGGUGACCCAAGUUUUGACCAUCCCUCCACAACUCCCUGCCACCAUCUUCAACUGUCCUAUACUCAAAUUAGAGUACCGAUUGAAGGUCGUUCUUGAUGUUAAACUAGCCAUAGACCCUGAGAUCAAGCUACCUAUCGUUGUUCUUACUGCAACUCAAACUCUUGGACAGGAACCCCCACCUUACUCCAGUUUUGGUUUUGAGUCACAAGUCCCAACUGCAUCUGAGCUACCACCCCCCUACGAAAUGUUUGCUUCCUCAUCAAAUUUCUAUAGAAAAUUGUAGAGGCAUGGAGAUUCUCAAUUGGGCGCAAAAGUCUGUCCUCUACUCAACUCCUCCAUCCUCCUCUCUUCCAUGCCCCAGAGGCCGAUAAGGGGUCACCAUAUAUAGGAGAGGGUCAAUUAGUUAAUAAGGGAACAGAGGAGUUUGAUCCUUUCCUUGAUAGCCUCCUCUCUGGCCAAGGAUAUUGAGAUGUAUCCUACCAGAGUACUACAUGGAAGAGGUUUGAAAUGCGCCACACCCCCUUUGAAUCAGUUGUUGUUUUG